CCUUGGUAGACCGGCGUUCGAGUCAGACGGUACUGUGCUUCCACCGAGCACUAAUGUAAGGACGCGGCACCGCCCAAUGAUGAAGUGUUUGUGGUUGUUUGUGAUCACUGUUUUGUGGUUGAGGUGCGAGGCCGUCGGGACCAAGCCCAGGAGAGGACGCGGGAGUAUGUGGUGGGGAAUAGCUAAGGCGGGUGAGCCAAAUAACCUGUCGCCAAUGUCACCCGGAGUGCUUUAUAUGGAUCCAGCAGUGCACGCGACGCUCAGACGGAAACAGAGGAGACUGGCCAGAGAGAACCCUGGCGUGCUGGCUGCUGUGGCCAAGGGGGCCAGCAUGGCCGUAGCCGAAUGCCAACACCAGUUCAAGUAUAGAAGAUGGAACUGUUCCACAAGAAACUUCUUGCGAGGAAAGAACUUAUUUGGCAAGAUCGUCGACAGAGGUUGUCGCGAAACAGCAUUCAUCUACGCUAUCACGAGCGCUGGAGUGACGCACGCUGUCGCCCGCGCGUGCGCCGAGGGAUCCAUCGAGUCUUGUACGUGCGAUUACUCGCACGUCGACCGCUCGCCGCUCCGCUCCCGCGCCGCUACCGCUGCCAACGUCCGCGUUUGGAAGUGGGGCGGCUGUAGCGAUAAUAUCGGCUUUGGAUUCAGAUUUAGUCGAGAAUUCGUCGAUACGGGAGAGAGAGGGAAGACGCUAAGGGAGAAGAUGAAUUUGCACAACAACGAAGCGGGCAGAGCGCACGUGCAAACGGAGAUGCGUCAGGACUGCAAGUGCCACGGCAUGUCGGGUUCGUGCACAGUGAAGACCUGUUGGAUGAGGCUGCCAACUUUUCGCUCGGUGGGCGACGCAUUGAAAGAUCGCUUCGAUGGGGCGUCACGAGUUAUGAUGCCAAAUACAGAUCUGGAGCCUGCACAGCGGAACGAUGCGGCGCCGCACAGGGUGCCACGGAAGGACCGAUAUAAAUUCAAAUUGCGACCACACAAUCCAGACCACAAAUAUCCAGGGGUAAAGGACCUCGUAUAUCUGGAUUCAUCGCCUGGUUUCUGUGAAAAGAACCCAAGGUUGGGCAUUCCCGGGACGCACGGGAGGGCUUGCAACGACACCAGCAUCGGUGUCGACGGCUGCGACCUCAUGUGUUGCGGACGAGGGUACAGGACGGAGACCAUGUUCGUGGUGGAACGAUGUAACUGCACGUUCCACUGGUGCUGCGAAGUCAAAUGCAAGCUCUGUCGCACAGAAAAAGUGGUUCACACGUGUUUAUAGGCGGCCGGACGCUAAUGACUGGGACAUUUGUGAUCGAAGUGAUUCUGUGUAGUGCUGGAUGGUUGUGAUUGUGACUCGGACGAGAGUGGACCUAUUUAAGUACUCGAUGGCAGAUAACGGACCUUGUACAUAAUCGCUUCACUUAUUCAACUAUCGAAGUAGUAUAUAUCGUUUUUCAUGUUGACUUAUGUAAAUAGUUCUGUAUCACUCUUUAUUUCUUCUUUAUGUACGAUAAUUGAUACGGCGUGAAAUUUAAAUAAGCUACUCGUUCGGUUAAUUUAUUUGGCUAUUAAGUGCGAACAUGUGAUCUAGUAAUGUUAUUUUCUUUUUUGUGGACACUGACGUUCGGAAAUUAAUGAGACCAGUUUAUCGACGAUAUAUUUCUGUCAGUCUGUCAUCCCUGUUUUAUAAAUGAAAUUGGGUUUAUUGGUUUCCUUACGCGGUUAGCUAUUAUUUAUUUGUAAUUAGGAAUUAUUAUAAUAUUAUCUGCCGCACCUAUUGAAGAGACUAUGCGAAUGUUCGCUGUGACUUUGACUGGUAUUUCUUAAUAUCAUUUGCAAAGUUAAAUUUUCAGACAAAUAUCAAGUUACGAUGUAGUGGCAUUGUAAUAAGUAAUAUUUCAUGUACUUUCUAUUUAGACGUCGGCACGUCGACGCAUAACUGUUUUAAGAUCCAAGAGCGAAAUUAUCUUGUAAUUAUAAUUUCAUAUUAUAAUUAAGCCAGUUAAUGGAAAUUGUGGCUUAAUGGCAUUUGCAUAAAGUAUCUUCUUGGGUGUUCGUGCGCAAACUGCAUUCUGCCUUAUCAGAGAGUAAGUAGCACCAUCGUAAAAGUGUCCCACAUUACGAGAUAACCGCUCUCGAGGAGAAUUUUAAUUAAAUAUUAAAGGAAUUAAAUAAUCAGUAUUAUACGUAUUAUAUUUGUAUGCGUGUUGAGUCUGAUGUGUUGAGAUAAGGUAGCACGCAAACUCUUGACUUUUGUUAUAGUAUUUAAUACUCGUCCAUUUAUAAGCAUGUUACUACGUAUGGAAGUAUUCAUAGUAAGUAUUUACAGACUUAAAAGAAACUGUUCUUAAUUCCAUUUCGUUUUUAAUUCUUGUAUUUAUUGAAUUAGAAGAUAUAUAUUAGUGAUGGAAUUUCUUGAAAAAUCAAUAACAAUUUUCGACAAUUAACGGAUACAAUUUGACGUUUAACAUUUACAAUAUAACAUUUUUCUGCGUUUCAAAAAUUUACUAAUUCUGACUCCCGGAUACUAUAGAUGUGCUAUAGUGUAGCCGUCAAUGAAUAAAUAGCUUUAUUAUUUAUAAAUGUACUUAUUAUAUCAACGUGAAUGAUAUUUCAUAUGUGAUAUAACAUAGUUUUAGCUAAUAAGUAUUAUAGAUAGCCUACCUGUGAGCUUAAAUUGUAUGAUACUUCAACGAACAUAAUAGUCUCGAUGUAGGUAUGUUUUUAUAAAAACAAAUAUUUAUUAAACUUGUUUUAAUUUAUUUUAUUUUACAUUGAAAUUGCCAUUCAAUAGUAAAAUAAUCUUAGUUUUUAGUAAAUAAAUCCGAUGUCAAAACAAUCGGUGUUUUUUAAUACAGGUAUUUGUACUUACCUUUUUUUAAAAUCUGUAUUUUGGAUCUCUGUAAAUAGUAAAUAGACAUUUUGAAUUAAAAAGAAAACUGUGACAUCGUCCAGGCAUGCAUUGCGAUUACUUAAAUCAUGUGAUUUCGCAAAGUUUUAUUUGUAAUUCUUUUUCUCAUCUUUUUAUUGAAUUGCCCGCACCAUUUGAUGCAUUUUAAUGAUAAAUUGCAUGAAAAAGAAUGUAGUCAAUCGAACUGAUAGCACGUCGGAUUUAAAAAGACUGAACAUUUUUUUUUUAAUAUUCGUAGAUUUAAUGUCCAUGACUGCAUAAGCCUAUAGCCAUUGUUUUAGAACGAAAGCGAUUGUGAUAAAAACUUAUUUUAACUUAAUCUUAUACCAGUGUAUUCUAAAGUUGAUUUUGGUGCCAUUUUAAGCAUUUUACGCCUGACAGUAAUUUCACUUAAACCAAUAAAAUUUCCCAUCAAAAGUUUUACGCGUGUAAAUAAUGUCAUUAUUAGUAAUUUUUUAAGUUAUUUAUGUCAAUUUAGCAUUAUUAUUGUUAAUAUUAGUGAACAAUACUAUUGAAAUCAGCUGAACUUAACUGUAUCUCAAAGCUUAUUGUUGUAUAAAUUAAUGUACCUUUUUGAAAUGAUAUUUCGUCCACUGACCGCUUUUGGGGUUGACACUAUUAAUAUUGGUUGUACAUUAGCAGUAUCUAUUUAUAAUUAAAAUAUUGAUUAGUUGUUACUAAAAAUACAAAAUUGAUCAAA